AUGGAGGCCGACGACGCUCAACUCUACCAAUUCAGCACCCCUCAGCAGAGCAACUCGUUCAAGCGCGCGCGGCGCAGUCUACAAAGCUCCACGCCCUUGAGCAGCGUGACCGAGAGUGUCACUUCUUCCCCCCGUCACUCUGGCCAGAACCAGUUGGCACCUCAGCUCUUUGACCAUGUCAAUGCGCUGAAGCAUCUUGAUGACCAGCAGAUCCUCCAGCUACUUUCCGUUGCGCGCAAUGGAGGUCAGUCAACGUUCAGCCCUGGCGGCGCGUUGUAUGCUCACGCGUAUCCAGAUGGUAUGCGUCGGUCGGGCGCCGACCGAUCGUCCAUGUCGACCGUCGGAAGCCGCGCGUCAUCAUACCUGAGUGUACCAUCCAGCAGAGUACCCAGCAUGCUCUCGGACCCGCGCUCGUCCAUCGCGUCUACCGACUCGUCCUUUACACACUACAGUGCCGCAUCCUCGCGCCUGUCGACCGCAUCAUCUCGUCUCUCCACAAUCUCCACCACAUCGACGCCCGCGCCCAAGAACUUUGCCUGCACAUUUUGCGACAAGGCUCUCAAGUCGAAGCCAUACUGGAAGUCGCACGAGGAGGAGUUCCACGAGCAGCGACUUACCUGGAGAUGUCCCGACUGCGAGCAGAUCUUCCAUGCUGGCAAGCGCUUCCGUGAGCAUCACACCAAGCUACACGGCUGUGAACACUGCAAGCAACCGAGGGAAAGCGGUCAACCCACGAGCAGGAAAGCAUCGCCAUGCGUCAAGAAGUACGAGAUCGUCAUGCACGACAAGGACGCCUGGGGUUGUGGUUUCUGCGCUUCUCUUCUAACCACCUGGGAAGAAAGAUGCGAACACAUCGCUCUUCACUUUGAAGAGAAGGGCGGAUCCAAGUGGAACUUCACCAACGUCAUCCUCGGUCUGCUGAAGCAACCCGAACUCGCCAGCGCAUGGAACCAAAUGAUGCUCGAUCGCCAUGGCGACGAAUCAAACUGGCCGUCGCUGGCGUGGGAGUCUAAGAAGUGCAACCGCUUACGGUAUAAGCUCGAGACCAAAUGGGAUACACGCGUUUUCGACAUUGAGAAAUUGGUGCAGGACACCUACGACUUGGCCGAAAUCGAGGUGAAGGACGUCGUCGAACCCACGACUGAACUCACGCCCGAAGCUCCGGAGUCCCUCGACAACAGCCAAGGCGAAAUCGUGGAGUUCAAGUUGGAGUCGAAUGACUUCAUGACGGACAACAGGUUGCAUAGCUCCCACGGCCUACCGUCCGAUAACAGGCUCCACAGCUCGCACGGUCUGCCGUCUGAGCAUAUGAUGAUGGACAUUGACUCUGUAGAGCCCCCACAGAUGCAUCAUCAAGAUAUACAACAAUCACAAUGGCCGGUCAGCCAGGACAUGCACCACAGCAUGAGCGCGGCAACCGCCAUGGGUGGCUUCGGUGCUUUCGAUACCACCAUGACGUCGAUGCCAACGGACUUUUCGCAACCGAUGGCGCAAAGCUUUCAGCCACAGCAGCAAAGCUGGCCAAACGCCGGCUUCGCUUCGACUCCCGACCUGCUCAGCUACCAACAACCAGCGCCAUACAUGGACUACCAGCAACCCAAGGAGAUGGUCUCUGUACCCACAUCGCAGUACUCCAACUUUGCGCACUACCCCCGCCAAAGCCUCCCACCAAACUUCUUGCAGCAGCAACAGCAGCAGCACCAACAACAACAACAGCAACAGGCGCCCAGCACGCCAACCUCUCGUCGCUAUGUCCCCAGACUAAUUAAUAUUUCGAACAACUCGAGCCACCGCGGCGUUCAACUCGAACAGCCACCACCCCCACCACCCAAAGACGAGCACCAAAACCGCUUCUCCCGCCUCAUCAUGAGACGGCGCCCAAGCAACAUCUCCCAGCACAGCAUCGUCUCGCACCGCGAUAUGGGCGGAACCUGGGGCGACGAUUCCAACUGGGGAUAA